ACCACAGUUCAGUGCCCUACAAGAUGAAAGAGAAUUAUAGAUUUCAGUCCCUGUUCUUCGUUGGUCUACCUGAUCUUCGAAAAUUAUGUAGCUUAACUGUGGUUUUAAAUUGUGAUGAUGCUGAUGCAAAAAGUUUGCAGACUAUAACAUGCAGGGAAUUGCUAUUUCUUUAUCCAGACAUUCUUGUUGCUCCGGGAGAACAUAAAGAAAUUAUUGUAAUUAUGCCUAUAGCAUUUUACAGGAGUGGAAAUAUUCAGGCAUUUGCUCAAAAACACAGAAGAAAGGCAGAUAUACCACAAAGAGUGAUUCCUGCAGUCCUGCAGAUAUGCUUGUCCUUUACUUUGGUGGCGAGGCUUUCUCCCAGCUGGAACAAAGCAGGACACUUACUGAUUCAUGGGAAGGACUUUUUGAGGAAUGAAGGAAGACAGAAUGCAGUUGUUAUGGAGUUGAAUGUCUCAGAGACCCAAGUGUGCAUUAGUGUGGAAGCUUCUACUAUUCGAUUGCCACUGGCUAAGAUUGAAGAUUUUGACAUAACAACAGGAGUACUGAAGAAUUUCCACAACAAAAGGAUUGCUAUAAUUCCAAAACAUUUUAUUGCAAGUAAUUGGUGCUAUGUGCUUCCCAGUAUGAAGAAGGGGCAAAUUGUCAGCAUCGGCCAUGAGAUUCCACCAGACUGUCCUUUUCGGUCUUAUGGAGAUUUUCAGAAACAUUGGAAAAACAUGUAUGGCUAUAAUCUCCCAGAGAUUAAUAGUGACAUGGCUCUUUACUAUACUGUAUACUUCAAGUUAAUUGGAGAGAAGCUGUUUACUUACCCUUUUUGUUGUAUUAGAAGUGAACCUGUUCAGUUUUACCCAAGAGUGGACUUGGAAUCAGUAGUAACUACAUUCUUUUCUGACUUAAAAAUAACAUUCUCUAGUCUCUGUGGAUUGCCAAUAAAAAUAACCAGCAAACCCUACUAUGCUACCAAUGAACUCAGUGUUUCUCAGGCAGUUCAGGCAAGGCCUCCAAACCUAACAACUAAGCCUACCUUCAAGAACAGCUUAACACGAAUUCCAGCUGCCAAAGUAACCAUCAGUAAAACCUCUUCUAUUUAUUCAAUUAACGGAAGUCAAAAGACCACAGUUUUAGACAAUGAGCAGAAAUUAGAUAUAAAAGCAAGUUUAGAUGCAGCAUCAAUACAUGCUACUGGACUAUGUGAAAGUAUAUUCAAAUCAACAGAGAAACCUGAAGUGGUUUUCCAGAAUUUGCAAAAAGGAACAAUUCAGGUUGCUGGGUCAGUCACGUACCAACAGAUGGAAAUGCAUUCUAGUUCAACUAACCAGGCUUCCAGGAUUAUACCCAUAUUUAAAAACAGGCUCCUGAAACAAGGUAAUUCCUUAAGUUCAAGAAUUAAUGAGAAGAAAACUAAGCAAAAUGAAAAUUCCAAAAAGACAUCAAAUUUAUCAAAUGCUAAUAUAAAUAGAAAAACUCCAAUGAAUGUACAAGAGAGGGAAUGCAGUAAUGAAAAAGUGGACUUGUUUGACAAAGCCCAAAAGCGAAAGACAAAUACAUAUACAAAUGUAACAACACCAACAAUUACACAGGUACAGAAUUCAAGUUCAGAUUCCAUGGUAAACAUGUGCAAGGAUACUUUGCUUCUCAAGUCAAAUCCAAGAAUGCUAAAAUCUGGAGAUACAACACUUAAAGCAUUUAGAAAUAUCCAAGAUCAGAGCAAUAUAAAUACACAAUUUGGAGGUAAAAGAACACCAGGUCCUACAACCUUUGAUCACGUAUGUACAAAGUGGAUUCAUAACCUACUGGGAAAUGAACAAAAACAAGUAUCUGGUGUAUUUGAUAUAAAGAAGCAAGAAAAACAAACAAAUGUUCAACAGCUCAGUUCAAAGUCUCUGACAGCAUUGAAUUAUCCUGAUAAAGGAACAGAAAAAAGGAAAUGUGAAGAGAAAGUAUCCGAUUCAAAACCUAAGAAAACCAAGACCAAGCCAGUUAUCCAGGAUGUUGAUGUGGAAAAGCAUGCAAAAAAUGAUCAGCUGUUUAAAGUAAAUAGUGCUACUCUCCAAUCCUGGCUAAAGUGUCGUGGUGUUUCUGUGAGAACAAGGGACAAAAAGGAGCAGCUGGUUUCCAAAAUUAUGGAAUUCAUCAAAGGUCCACAGAAUGAAUUUGGAAAUAUCUGUCCAGUAGAUGCUCUACAUAGGGUAGAAUAGUAUAAGUUAUAUAUUUCGUUCAUUUCUGACUGUCAGUAAGUUUUAGCAUAUGCUACUUGUCCUACUGUUGGCUUUUAUAUCCAGUUGCCAUCUAAUUUAUUCAGAAUUUGACAAAAGUAGUUAAUAAAUUAAUGUUAUCUGGCAAUAAGUAAGGUAUUCAGUGACUUUGUACCCAGUUAUAGUAACUAUUGUGCAAUUCAUUGGUAAUCAUUCUCUAAUCUUUAUUGUUAAGUUUGAUUAAUAGGAAUGGUGCCAAGCCAAUGAAAACUCUCAUAGGCUCUCAUAUUGUUAAGUAAUUAACAAACUUAUGGUUGUUAUGGUGAUGCACAUAGAAAUGGUUGUAGGUAUAAUUUGAUAUGUUUUCAA